CCCCACCGGGUCCCGCCAGCGCCCCGCGGGCAUCACAGCUCUUUCUCGGCGAGAGGCGGAGCCGGAGCCCCGGGUCUGGGCUCCGGGCUCCAGGUGGGCUCUAGGGAGGAUGAAGCAGGCCCUGGUGGAUGAUACUGAGGAUGUGUCCUUGGACUUCGGCAACGAAGAGGAGCUGGCCUUUCGGAAAGCCAAGAUCAGGCACCCCUUGGCUACCUUUUUCCACCUGUUCUUCCGAGUGAGUGCCAUCGUCACCUACGUGUGCUGUGACUGGUUCAGCAGAAGCUUUGUGGGCUGUUUCGUCACCGUGCUCCUCCUUCUGUCCUUUGACUUCUGGUCUGUGAAGAACGUCACUGGGAGGCUCAUGGUGGGCCUCCGCUGGUGGAACCAGGUGGAUGAAGAUGGGAGGAGCCACUGGGUCUUUGAAGCCAGAAAGGUCUCUCCAGAUAAUGUCACAGCCACAGAGGCAGAAGCCCGGAUCUUCUGGCUCGGCCUCAUCAUUUGCCCGAUGAUUUGGAUUGUGUUCUUCUUUAGUACCUUAUUCUCCUUGAAGCUAAAGUGGCUGGCCCUUGUGAUAGCUGGGAUUUCCCUCCAGGCCGCUAACCUGUAUGGCUACAUCCUUUGUAAGAUGGGAGGCGAGGGUGACAUCAGCAAAGUCACAGCCAGUUUUCUGUCCCAGACAGUGUUCCAGACGGCCUGCCCAAGCGACUUCCAGAAGCCUGGCCUUGAGGGGCUGGAGAUCCACAAGUGUUAGGCUUCUCUUCGGGGGCAGCAGGAGCCCAAGUGAGAGGUUCCGCAACCCAACAG